AUGCCAGCCGAGAACCAAAGCAGCAGCAGUGGAUUCAUUCUCCAGGGUUUCUCAGAUUACCCAGACAUACAGAUCCCAUUGUUCUGCCUGUUUCUCCUGAUCUAUAUACUUACUUUACAGGCGAAUGUACUUAUCCUAAUAGUGAUUUACCAAACCUCCUUAUUGCACACUCCUAUGUACUUCUUCCUAUGCAAUCUUGCGUUUAUAGAUCUCUGUACUUCUUCUGUUUCUCAGCCUAAACUGCUUUCUAUCCUCUUAAGAGGGGACAAUACAAUUUCUUUUGUUGGCUGUAUGACCCAGUUACACUUCUUUCUGUCUUUGGCAUGUUCUGAAUUUCUCUCAUUGACUGUCAUGGCAUUUGAUCGCUAUGUUGCUAUUUGUAAUCCUUUGAGGUAUCUGACUGUGAUGAACAGGAACUUCUGUGUUUUAUUGGCCAUAACUUGUUGGACCUUUAGUUUUUCUGCACCAUUGUCACACACUGUGCUCAUAUCCCAUUUACCUUUCUGUAGAUCACAGGCAAUAGACCAUUUCUUCUGUGAUCCUUCCAUAUUAUUAAACCUGUCUUGUGCAAGCACUUUUUUUAUUGAGAUGCUAACAUAUGUUCUGGACUCAAUUGUGGGACUUCCUGCCUUUGCACUUACAGUAGCCUCUUAUACCUACAUCAUUUCCACUAUUAUAAAGAUCCAUUCUGCUACAGGAAGGAAGAAAGCUUUCUCUACUUGUACCUCCCACCUCACUGUUGUCAUUCUUUUCUACGGCACUACAUUGAUUACUUAUAUGAUGCCUAUAUCUCAGUAUUCAUCCACUACAUCAAAACCAUUUUCCUUUCUCUACACUGCCUUGAUACCAUUAAUCAACCCUUUUAUAUACACUUUACGAAACAAAGAUAUUAAACAACAUAUUUUAAUAGAAACUAACAGGAAUAUUUACAAGUGGUAG